UACAACUAAACUUAAAAUUUUUGUCAACAACGCAGAAAAAAGCAAACAACAUGGAUGCACAUGUUGAUGACGAUGAACCAAAUUGCAGUUUUCAAGAUCUAGGUUUAGAUAAUCGGAUAUUAGAAGCUAUAGCCCAAUUAAAAUGGAAAGAACCGACUCUUAUACAAGAAAAAGCCAUUCCUUUAGCAAUGGAAGGUAAAGAUAUAUUGGCUCGCGCUCGAACUGGCUCCGGUAAAACUGCAGCAUUUGUUAUUCCCAUUCUACAACAAAUUUUACAGCGUAAAAAAAAUUCUAACGAGAAAGAAAUUAGUGUGCUUAUUUUAGCACCAUCUAAGGAGCUUUGCAAACAAAUUCAUAAGAAUAUACUGGAAUUGAGUAUUUAUUGUUCACGGGAUGCGGUUUGUUUUGAUGUUUCGCCUCAAGUCGAUUUAACUGCUCAAAGACCUUUAUUACUUGAAAAGCCGGACAUUGUUAUUGGAACACCAAUGCGAGUUCUCGCACAUCUGCAGGAAAAGAAUAUUGUUUUACAAGAUUCUUUGAAAACUCUUGUUAUAGAUGAAGCAGAUCUGCUGUUUUCUUUCGGGUGUGAAAAAGACAUUACUUCAAUCAUUAACUAUUUACCUUCUAUAUAUCAAGCGGUACUAAUGUCUGCGACCAUGUCAAACGAGCUGAAAACUAUAAAGAAACUUGUUCUCCACAAUCCUGUUAUUUUAAAAUUGAAAGAACCAGAAUUACCUGAAAGUGAUCAGCUGACACAGUACCACAUAAAAUGUGAGCAAGAAGAUAAGUUUGUGCUAAUUUAUGCACUGUUUAAGCUAAAUUUGAUUCAAGGAAAAUCAUUAAUUUUUGUCAGUUCAGUUGACAGGUGUUAUCGACUUAAAUUGUUUCUUGAACAAUUUGGCAUCAAAAGUUGCGUUUUAAAUUCAGAGUUGCCAGCAACUUGCCGUUGUCAUGCUGUCAGUCAGUUUAAUAGUGGAAUUUAUGAUAUUAUAAUAGCAUCUGAUGAACGAGUGACCGAAGAGCCUGGACCAAGUACUUCAAAAAAGAGAUUCAAGAAAGAUAAGGAAUAUGGAAUAUCGCGAGGCAUAGAUUUUCAGUUUGUAUCCAAUGUAAUCAACUUUGAUUUUCCAGCAACUGCAGAAGCAUAUGUGCACAGAGUAGGUAGAACUGCCCGUGGAAAUGCGGAUGGUACAGCUUUGUCUUUUGUAAGUGCAAAAGAAAUGCCUUUUCUACAAGCUGUAGAAGAAUAUUUUGUUGAUGAAGCAGGUAACUGUAAAGCACAGUUCAAGCCAUAUUUGUUCAAGAUGGAUGAAUUGGAAAGCUUUAGAUAUCGAGCACGUGAUGCAUAUCGAGCUGUCACAAAAAUAGCUGUCAGGGAGGCUCGUCUGAAGGAAAUUAAAAUUGAAGCAUUAAAUUCAAGAAGCUUGAAGCCAUAUUUUGAAGAUAAUCCAAGAGAUUUACAGAUUCUAAGGCAUGAUAAGUCUCUUCAUACUGUAAAAUUACAAUCGCAUUUGAAGGAUGUUCCAGAUUAUAUUAUACCAAAUAUUUUGAAAAACAUCGUUCCUGUUAAGAAGGAAGAAAAGAAUACGUUAAAAAGGAAGGGACGGGGGAAGAAUACAGGAAGUCGUGCAAGCAAAAGAUUUAAAAAGCAGCAAAAAGACCCUCUGAAAAGUUUUCAGUUUGCUGGUUUAACAGAACUGGAGAGUCGUAGGAAAAAAUAAGUGCACAUGUAUCUUUGAUACUAUUUUUUGUCAGUAAAGCAAAGUAUAUAUAAAUACUAGUUUUUUCUUAUUUUUGUGCUUUUGUUUUAAAACUGAAUUGUAAUUGAUUUAUUUUAUAGAAAAUUUUUCAGGGUGGCGACAGGAACUGUGAAAAAAAGUUCCCGGACUUUUCCCUGAUUAAGUUUACCAAAUUUCCCUGAUUUACGUUACCAAUGAUAAUGGUUUUCUUUCUUUACUCUACUUGAAAUCCAUUGUAUGUUUGUAUAAAAUGCAGUAUUUUAAACGUUUUAAGUUGUGUAAAGUUGUUGAACUAAAGAUAUGUUUUUAAAAAAUGCUACUUUUUUAAUAAAAUG